AUGAAAUACAAAUGUCAUCCACAUCGGGAGCUACCGGUGCUGUCUUCGCCUCCUCGUCCAUACUAUUCGCCUGAUAGGCCGACACCUCGGAGUGGGUGCGCCUCUCAAACCACUCGCGUUUCAGUGACUGAGCGACCUCUUGGUGCUACCGGCGCCAUAGGGCGGGCCCACGAACUCGACCCGGGUAUCGAAAUACAGUCUCACCACGGUCACGUCGAUUUUGUCGGCUAUUUCGUCCUCAUCCUUGGCGAGCACCGGUAUGGUCUCAGCGCACAGAUAGGUCCACCGGUGCUCGACUCCCGGUGCCCGCCACUCAUCCCGCUCCAUGAAAAACUCCAGGUGCCGUUUGCACGUUUGAGCACCGGCUGUUUGCGGUUGAACACCAGGUGUUGUGGCUGCUCGUGGACUGACUCGUUGUCAUCCCUGUCUUCCUCCACUUCUGUCAAGUCAGGAGUUAACAAAUCAGGGGUUACGCCGAUAGGGUCGUCGUUUCGUAAGGUGUCGGUGUUGGUGCUGAUAGAGUGGCGAUCCCUGGCCAGGGAGUUGUUGGCGUUUGUGGUGAGCGGGGGCGCCGAUAAAUGGGAGAAAGGGAGUAGAAAUCGUUGGAAAGAGAAACUGUAUUCAAAGCAGGCCCGUUGUUAUAACUUUCGUGCAAACAACAUAUUUAUUCAUAAAUUGACCAUGUGUCUGGGCGUUGAGGACCCGGUACUCCCGGUUAUCGUCGAGGAAUUCCUGCACUUUCAGCAAUAGAGUGGUGAAGGGCUCGAACUUUGGCGGCACUGGUAACCCAAAAGGAAAGCCAAAAAUUAAUUUUUAAAAACAAGC